CCCCCCCCCCCCCCCCCCCACCCCCCCCCCCCCCCCCCCCCCCCCCCCCCCCCCCCCCCCCCCCGCCCCCGCCCGGAUACUUGAAAUCUUCAUUCGUUACCGACUAAAUGAAAAGGUUUGACUGAGGGUGAGGGUGAAGGUGAGGGACGGUAUGUGAUGUACAUACGUUUCUAUAUGUAAGAGAGACGAUCAGCGCGUUCAAGUCCGCUGAUUAUGAUUGAUUUCUUUCUGACCACUAGCAUGAAAUAAAUGACUUUUCAAACUUUUCAAUAUUUUGCGUCUCCCAGGUAAGAUCGGUGCCUUAUUUUAAAAAAUAGUGCAGAGUAGUUAGAGGUAAAAUGUAUAGCUGCAGUUUCCAAUCAAAAUUUUGAUCGCUCUUCGUUUUUGUGUAACUUUUCUAGAAAUAAUGUGGUAAUUGAGAGAAGAAGGUGGUAUAAAAAUGUUCAGUGGAUUGAGCGCUAUCAUCCAGACUACGUUGCUUAUUCGUUCGGUCAACCAAAUUAUGAAGCUUUCAGUGCACUUUCCAAUCUUCCCGAAGGGUAGUUGGCUUUUGAGUCUUUCUUUCCACAUUGUGUUUUCUUUUUUGAAUCAGCCAGUCGUUCUCGGUUAUGUCUAAUCACACAGAUUUGCAAAAAAGGCGAUUCAGAUCUACAAGUGUUGCAGUUGGCACAUUUGAAGGUAUUCUUUAAAAAUAGGCUUUAGUUAGUUCAGGAUGAGUCCCGAAAGUCAAGUAUUUUUUCAAGAACUUCGGCGUUUUCUCUUAGAGAAAACCAUUCAUUAUCUCAUAUGAGAUAGUGAAUGGUCAGUGAUACGUAACAGUAUAUAUGCUCUAUAGCAUGUAUAUAGUGUACAUAGUGCAACACAAGAGCAUCUAGUGUAUAGUAUACAGAGUAAGGCUCAGAAGUCACCUGAUCGUUCACCGUUCGUAGCAUUAUUGCAGGCGUUUUCUGUGCUCUGCAUGAAAAAUGCAAAUACCGUCUGAAUAUCUCUUCGCCGUUUCACUUAAUCGAUUUUCAAUCUUUGUGCAGCAUAGCUGGACUCUAGUUUAAUCUUCGAUUUCUGUGAAAGUUGAUUAGAAUCUUGUUUGUAGACAAUCACGUUAUCUAGAAAGACGUUUGAAAUAGUAGAUGAACCGCCUCCAGUCGCUCAGGUCAAAUAAGCCUACCGUAGGAUCCUGUAAGAUCCUAGAAAAUCUUGUAGGACUUUGUAGAAAAAUCUCAAAGCCAAAAAAUCCUACGGUAAGAUUCUUAUAGGAUUCUGUGAUGAGAUCUUGUAGAACCUUGCAAGAUCCUACAGGAUCCUAUUGUAGGAUUGCAGCAGGAUUUUAUCUGAUUUUCUGCUGGCUUAUCCUACUAAAUUUAUUGUUUUAAUUUAUUUAAUUAUUCUCUGAUCCUAGCUAGCCAGAAUCACGUGACUCUAGCUGAACUCUAGUUUGAUCUUCGAUUUCUAUGAAAGUUGAUCGGAAUCUUGUUUGUAGACAAGCACUUUAUCUAGAAAGAAGUCAGAAAUGGUUGAGGAAGCGCCUCCAGUCAUUGCUUAUCUCUAAAAUGGCUCUUUAAAAACGAAUAAAUUUUGAAUAACGGUCAAUUCCCGCUACAAAAUAACAAAUUCCACGGAAUUCCUACUUACGAAUUUGGCAAACUUGAGACUAAAAGAGUUUUUCAUUGUUUACAGUACAGUAGAGUUGUAUUUAUAUUAGAGUUACUGGAGAACACAUUGAUGAUUGUGUUCUCGUAUAGAAAAAGAAAAGAAAGUAUAUACAGAGCGAAAAAGUAGGAAUCCUACACAAAAUUUUGCCGUAGGACUUUGUAAGGAAUGCAUAACAGUCUUAUUAUAGGAAUCCUAUAAGAUUUUUGCUAUCGUCCUAUAUCAAGAAUCCUACGGAAUUCCUACCGUAGGAUUUUAUAGGACCCUGUAAUAGAAAUCCUAUGAAAACCUAUUAGCAGUAAGAUUCUAUAAGAUCUUCUGGAUUACUUGACCUGGAGAUCAUUGCUUAUUUCCAAAAUGACUCUUGAAGUAUUUUCUAUUUGAAAAAGUCGAGGAGCUUUUUGUUCGUCUCAACUAAGUUAUAAUUAAGUGAAAUUGAAUAAUACUUCGCGAGAGAGACUCUGACACGACGUACAUCUUCUGAUUGUCCUCUGAAAAAUUUAUGCAGUUAAUAAUCUUGACAAAUAUAUUAUUAUGAGCGCAUGAGCGGUAGAAAAUCUAACCUUAUUAAUUAUUUUAAUUGAAGUACAACAAAUUCGGUUGAUUCUCAAAUGUUUCAUUUCUCAGUCAUAUUAAAUCUAUUUUGGUUUCUAUGAAUAAUAACAAAAAUAACUAGUAGUAAAAUAAUUCAGCUAAAAAAUACUACAUAGAUUUUGAAGAAAUAAGUCAUGUUGUACAAAAUCCGAAUCAAUAAAAAAUUAUUACGAUAAAAUUACAUCGAGUAGAAUAAAGAGAUAAAGAAUGAGAUUUUUAAAUAUGUGUUUUUGUACAUCGAGUGAUGCACUUGUAGAAAAAAAAAUAAAUACAUAUAUAAGCAUAACAUCAAUGUUCAAACUGAUUUUCUCUUUAUCUCUUGGAAAGCAGCCAAAUGUGUGUACACGCGACUAAGAGACGCGCUAUCAGUAAAAAUUAUAUCUUGUUUUCAAAAUAGAGUAUAGUGCUAAAUAACUGACAAUGUCUUGAUAAAGCAGAAGAGAAGAAAUUUAUAUACUUGCGGCAAAAAAAAGAACAUUUUCCGAUUGUUCACUAGUAAAAUAAACGUAAUUAUAUUUUCGUUCGAACUUGAAAAAAGAAUUGAAAAGUUUUCUACUAGUAUUAAAUAAAGUAUUUUUUUGUAUGAGUUGGGUGAUCAAUUGAAGUCAGACUUGACUUGGUCCGAAAUGUUUUAGGGUGUGGGUGGACUUGACUUGGUCUACUGUUUUUGCAGGGUAUGACUCAGGGGUAAAAGAGUUGACAAAAGAACGCGCUUCUUUUUCUUGUUUAACCACCGAAAAACGCGUUAAGUGUUUCAAACCUACGGUGUUUUUUUGUCGUUUAACGCGUUUUCUUUAUCUGUGCGUUUGAAAAUGCGUUUUUCGGAAUUUCGCAAGGCGGGAUAAUAGUAAAACAUGGAGACACCCACAGGCAGCUACACGGACAUCCAUGGAUGUCCGUGUAGCCGUCUGUGAUAGUAUAUGUGCUGUUUGUUUAGUUGUCUGUGGAUGUCUGUACGCGCUUUUCUUUAUCUGUUUGUUUGAAAACGUGUUUUUGGAAUUAGCGAACGAUCGUUAAAACAGCCGUUUAAAGGCGUUUGUUGCCUUUCAAAACUUUAGAAUAACGGGUUAGCUAACGAUAGUUAAAUUUACCGUUUUCUGGCGUUUUUGAACACGUUUUCUAACGACGUUAAAAUGAUAUAACUUUGAAUUCUUUUCUUUUUGUAAACGCGUUUAGAAACGACACGGUAUAACGCGUUUUUAUAUAAAAUAAACGUGUUUCAACGAUCAUUUAAAUGUCGUUAGAAAACACAUUCAACUAAAACGCCAGAAAACGGUUAAUUUACUGAUGGUUAGCAAAGGGUUGUCAAAGAACGCGUUAUUCUAAACUUCUGAGCGACAAAAAACGCGUUGAAACGGCUCUUGUAACGAUCGGUCGCUAACGUGUUCGAAAAAAACACGUUUUUCGUACCAUUUCUAACAAGAUCACAUAGAAUAGAAUUCUAUAUAAUACAUUUCCCAGAAGUAUAGAAAAAUGUAUUAUGAUGUCUCGAGAACUAGUAUUACCCGCGAUCCAUAUAAAUUUUCAUUUGAAAUGGAAAUUUGCGGAAAUCUGUGUAGAAUAUCUGUAAUGUUGGAACUGUGACAUGAGAUUAGAAUACGACUGUAGCGCCUCAACAUAUUGUUAAAACGUAUUCUCCACAUGUAACGGUAAGAGCGAUAUUGUUGUAGAUCUAUGAUCAACAUAUUCAGAAUAGGAACUCAGCGUCUGAGAACGUUGAAGAGACUGUCGGGAAGAAAGCUAUUCGUUAGUCACACGGCCCAAUGGUUAAGCGCAAUAUUUGUGCCAAAAAAAGUUCAAUUAAUAACACAAUUAAUGCAUUCACGGAGAGGACGAACAAAAAAACAGUCCCAUAAAAAUGGUACUAAAAAGGAAGAAAAGAAGAAGAUAUAUACGGAACGCAUAAGAAACAAAGAGAAAUAACGUUUACUCCAUUUUUUUUUCUUACUGUUCUCUCCUUUUAAAAACCUCCUUAAUGAGUAAAUUCAGUGAUAAACAAAUCACUUAAUAAAGACUUGUCUUAUGUUUCAGACUCGAAGACACCUGGUACUACCUCUCACCCGCAUAAAGUCUUUGAAUAAAGUUCAAUUUUGGUUAUUAGUUUUUCCAGUGAAACCUUUUUUCUCUUGUAGAUGACUAUUUGACUGAUUGAAAAUAAACUUGUUUACAAUGUCUGCAGAUGAUAGUAGUGCCGUGUCUGAGGCACGAAACGGAGACGAAAUUAAAAAUGAAACAAAAAAGUCAAAGGAUCAAAAAUCAUCGAAAGAUGUAUGUGAUGAAUACGGAAUUGAAUAUUUCGAUAUGAAAUUUACCGAUAGUGAUUAUGUCAAUUUGUCUACAUUUAAACUAUUUACUCAACAUGCACGUCCGAUAUUAGCACAAAAAUAUUCUAAACUUGCCACAUCCAAAGUUAUGGCACUUAUGGCAGCCAAAUGGCGAGAAUUUCUCGAAGCUAAAACGACACAACUAAUCAUACCAAGUGGAACCAUAGGACCAAACGACAGUAAUGAUGACGAUAUAACAAAUUCUGAUCGUAUGGAUGUCGAUGAUUCAAAAUUAUUACCACCACCUACAGUUUCUUCGAGUCGAUCCCGUAGACGGAAACAGACGGCUCAAGAUGAGAUUAAUCCCGACGAUGUUGAAGAUACAGAAGUCGAACCGUCUCAAUCAUCAACAAGAGGACGUAAAAGUGGGGCAAAUAAACGAGUUCCCGCACUUAAAAUUAAACUCAGUCAGAAAGAACAAAAAGAACAACAACAACAGUUGGCAGCAACAAAUUCAGAUUUAUUGGAUACUAGUGUGGGUGAUAUGGAUACAUCAUUAAAACAACCCCAAGCAGCAGCAGCAGCAGCAGCAGCAGCAGGACUAAAAAAAACAAACCGUACAAGAAAACGUAAACGUCGUGACGAUGAAGAUCCGUCAAAUGAAUCGGAUGCUGAAUUCGAAGCAAUGUUAGUACAAAGUGAAAUGGAAGAGGAAGAACAACCAAAGAAAAAACGUGUUAAAAAGCCACCAAAACCACCGAAGAAAAUUGCUCGUUUAAAUCGAAAGCCAGUACAAAAUAAUAAUCAAGAUACAUCAUUGACAACUACAACAACAACGGCCAUAACAUCAACAAAUGGCGGUAUAACAGAGCAAGGUGGCUACGAAACGGAUCAUCAAGAUUAUUGUGAAGUUUGUCAACAAGGUGGUGAAAUUAUUUUAUGUGAUACAUGUCCGAAAGCCUAUCAUUUAGUGUGUCUCGAUCCAGAACUAGAACAAGCUCCCGAAGGCGAUUGGUCAUGUCCAAUUUGUGUUAAGGAAGGUGUGCCACAAAGACCAAAACAACAGACAAUUGUCACACAUCAUGGAAAAGAAGAAGAUGAUAAUCAUAUGGAAUUUUGUCGUGUUUGCCGUGAUGGAGGCGAAUUGUUAUGUUGUGAUCGAUGUCCGUCAUCUUAUCAUAUGCAUUGUCUCAUACCACCAAUGACAAUUAUACCAGAAGAAGAUUGGUUUUGUCCAAGAUGUACAAUUGAACCUCCACGUUAUGUUGUUAAAAAGGUUAUUACAUGGCGCUGGAUCACGCAUCCUGAUCCAUCGAUUAGCACCGAUACAACAACAGUAACAAAAACAACUACAGAAAGUGACUCAUCAUCCACCACAACAACUAUUGAACAAACUUCGACGACUGUCGAAACAAGUGAUACACCAACAGAUGUUCAACAACGUCUGAUCCCCACUGCGGACCCAACAUUGCCACCUGGUAGCAAAAAAGGACCGCCAAAAACACGCGAAUUUUUUGUGAAAUAUGAUGGUUAUUCAUACUGGUCAUGUGAAUGGAUACCAGAAUUGCAAUUAGAAGUGCAUCAAGCACCAUUAUGGCGUUGUUUUGAGAAAAAAAUACGCGAUACUAAGCAGCCACAGUUAACACUUGAUAUUGAACAGGAACAAGAACAAGAAGAAGAUGACGAGGUGGCACGUCGUUAUUGGAAUCCAAAAUUAGAUGAUCGUUAUUAUAAACAUGGCGUUAGACCAGAAUGGCUUGUUGUACAUCGUAUUAUCAAUCAUCGUAAAGAAAAAAAUGGUCCCAUGUAUUAUUUGGUUAAAUGGCGUGAUUUAGGUUAUGAACAAGCAACAUGGGAAGUAGAAAAAGAUGGUGAAUAUACAGAUUUAAUAGCCGAUUGGCAACAACAUAUUGAUACUUAUUGGAAAUUAAGAAAUGGUACAGUAGACGAAGAGAAAAAGAAGAAAAAAUCGACAAAAGGAACAAAACGGACAAAUAAAGAUUACUCAGAGGAUACAAAUCGUGCUUUCGAUGCUAAUCUUGAGUCACCUGAUGACGGUAGUAGUGGAAAAUAUCCACCACCACGUAAACGUUAUGAAAAACAACCAGAUUUUAUCGAAGCAACGGGUGGUAACCUUCAUCAGUAUCAAUUAGAGGGUCUAAAUUGGCUAAGAUUUUCGUGGUCGCAAAAUACCGAUGUUAUAUUAGCCGAUGAAAUGGGUCUUGGUAAAACAAUUCAAACAAUUGCGUUUCUUCAAGCAUUGUUAAAAGAAGGUUUAUCACGUGGCCCAUUUUUAAUCAGUGCUCCAUUAGCAACAAUUAUCAACUGGGAGCGUGAAUUUGAAUUUUGGGCACCUGAUAUGUAUGUCGUCACUUAUACGGGUGAUAAGGAAGCACGCGCAGUUAUUCGUAAACAUGAAUUUUCCUUUGACGAAGAUGCCAUACGUAGUGGUCCACGAGCAAGUCGUAUACGUAGCGGUUGUAAAGUAAAAUUUCAUGCAUUAUUAACAUCUUAUGAGUUGGUUAGUGUUGACUCAGCUACAUUAUCGAGUGUCGAUUGGUCAGUGUUAGUUGUCGAUGAAGCACAUCGUUUAAAAAAUAAUCAAUCACGAUUUUUCCGUACAUUGACUGACUUUAGUAUUAAUUAUAAAGUACUGCUUACGGGUACACCAUUACAAAAUAAUCUUGAAGAGCUUUAUCAUUUAUUGAAUUUUUUAACACCGGAAAAAUUUAGCGAUAUGGACGGUUUCCUGAAAGAAUUUAGUGAUUUAGCUCGUGAUGAACAAGUGAAAAAGUUACAUGAUCUAUUAGGUUCACAUAUGUUGCGACGAUUGAAAGCAGAUGUUUUAAAAAAUAUGCCAUCAAAAUCAGAAUUUAUUGUUCGUGUAGAAUUAAGUCCUGUACAAAAAAAAUAUUAUCGUGCUAUAUUAACAAAAAAUUUUGACGCUUUAAAUGUAAAAGGUGGUGGUGGACAAGUAUCAUUAUUGAAUAUUGUUAUGGAAUUAAAAAAAUGUUCAAAUCAUCCAUAUUUGUUACCAGCUGGUCAUUUUGACGCACCACGUGCACCCAAUUUAGCAUAUGAAGGUAAUGCGCUAAUAAAAGCUUGUGGAAAACUAGAUUUAUUAUCAAAAAUGUUGAAAAAACUCAAAGAUCAAGGACAUCGUGUUUUAAUAUUUUCUCAAAUGACUCGUAUGUUAGAUAUAUUAGAAGAUUUUUUGGAAUUUUUGGGUUAUAAAUAUGAACGAAUGGAUGGUAAAACUGGUGGCAUGGAACGACAAGAUGCAAUUGAUCGAUUUAAUGCACCCGGUGCAGAACAAUUUUGUUUUCUAUUAUCAACAAGAUCGGGUGGAUUAGGCAUAAAUUUAGCAACAGCCGACACGGUUAUUAUUUAUGAUAGUGACUGGAAUCCCCAUAAUGAUAUACAGGCUCUUAGUCGUGCACAUCGUAUUGGUCAACAAAACAAAGUGAUGAUCUAUCGUUUUGUCACACGUAACACAGUCGAAGAACGUAUUACUCAAGUAGCCAAGAAAAAAAUGAUGUUAACACAUUUAAUUGUUCGUCCAGGUGUUGGUCGCGGUAUAAAUAUGAGCAAAAAAGAAUUAGAUGAUAUUUUACGGUUUGGUACCGAAGAUCUAUUUAAAGAUGAUGACGAAGGUGUAGGUGGUGUGAGUGAAAGUGGUGAAAAUACGGGACAAAAAAUUCAUUAUGAUGAUCAAACAAUCGAGAAAUUAUUAGAUCGUUCACAAGAGGGUAUUGAGGAAAAAGAAGUGGGUCUUAAUGAAUAUUUGAGCUCGUUUAAAGUGGCGAGUUAUGUGACGCGCGACACAAAUGAAGAUGAAGAAGAUGAACAAGAAAUGUUCCAACGUCAACAACAAUUACAACAGCAAAUACAGGCAUCAAUGGAUGAAAAUCAGGAUUCAACUUUCUGGGAAAAAUUGUUGCGUGCACAUUAUGAACAAGAUCGUGAAAAUGAAACUCAUGCAUAUGGAAAGGGAAAACGUUCAAAACGUUUGGUUAAUUAUGCUGUGCCAACAACCGAUCCUGAUUGGAAUGAACCGAAUUCAGAUCAAGCGUCAGAUUAUGAUGCACCAUCGGCGGGUGGUGAGGAAGAAGAUGUUGACUUUGACGAAACACCCGAUCGUAAACGAAAAACGGGUCGUGAUCGUCCAUUACCACCAUUGCUAAAUAAAAUGGGUGCAAAUAUUGAAGUACUCGGCUUUAAUCCAAGACAGAGGAAAGCAUUUUUGAAUGCCAUCAUGCGAUUUGGUAUACCACCACCGGAUGCAUUUAAGUCCCAAUGGCUUGUAAGAGACUUACGUUGUAAAUCAGAAAAAGAAUUUCGUGCCUAUGUAUCGCUGUUUAUGAAACAUUUGUGUGAAAGUGUACCAGAUAAUACAGACACAUUCAGUGAUGGUGUACCAAGAGAAGGUCUGUCAAGACAUCAUGUUUUAUCAAGAAUUGGCAUUAUGUCAUUGAUGAGAAAAAAGGUUCAAGAAUUUGAAUGUGUUAAUGGCAUAUGGUCCAUGCCUGAAUUGGCACCAUCCGAUAGUUCAGCUGAUUUAAUGGAUGAAUUUUCAUCACCAGCGCAAGUCAAUGGUACGAAAUCGUCAUCUAAACAGUUGAAUAAAACAGAGAGUUCAACAAGCCUCUCAUCGAUGGUACAAACGAAUGAUAGUACAACAAAUUUACAAGCGUUGGAAUCAAAUGAACAGACGACAACAGGAGGAACAGCAAUAACAACAACAAAUGAUAACACAAAUGGAGGAGGAAAUUUAAUUGGUGAAUCGAUGAGUUUGAGUGAUUUGAUAAUGAAACGAAGUGAUGAAUCGAAAGAUGAGAAAGAAAUAACCGAAACAUCCGAUGAUGUUGAUGAUGAAAAAAAGAACACAACAGAUAAACAGUCAGAUGAAAAACAAGUACCUGUAGCAACAGCAGCUAACUCAACAACUAGUCGCAACAAAUCUGCUCAAUCAAAUCGUAAUGAAAAAUUAAAGGAUUAUAAAUUUAUGUUUAAUAUUGCUGAUGGGGGUUUUACCGAGUUACAUUCAUUAUGGUUAAAUGAACAACGUGCAUUGGUAAAUAAUCAUGAACAUGAAAUAUGGCAUCGUCGACAUGAUUAUUGGUUAUUGGCUGGCGUUGUUACACAUGGAUAUGGUCGAUGGCAAGAUAUACAAACAGAUAUGAAAUAUUCGAUAAUUAAUGAACCAUUUAAAAUGGAAAUGGGCAAAGGAAAUUUUUUGGAAAUGAAAAAUAAAUUUUUAGCUAGACGAUUUAAAUUAUUAGAACAAGCAUUAGUGAUCGAAGAACAAUUACGUCGUGCAGCAUUUCUUGGUUUAGCAAUGGAACAAACAAAUCCGGCAUUGACAUUAUCACAACGUUUUAGCGAAGUAGAAUGUUUAGCUGAAUGUCAUCAACAUUUAAGUAAAGAAUCUUUAGCUGGAAAUAAACCAGCCAAUGCCGUAUUAAAUAAAGUGUUGACUCAACUUGAAGAAUUAUUAAGUGAUAUGAAACAAGAAAUAAAUAAAUUACCAGCAACAUUGUCACGAUUGCCGCCCGUUUCACAACGUUUGAACAUGUCCGAGCGUGUAAUACUAUCACGUUUACCAAACGGACAACAAAAUCAGUCCACACCUGCAAUUAAUAAUUAUCCAUAUUCGAAUUAUUCAAAUUGUAUUGGUCCAUUUGCAUUACCAGCACUUACCAAUAACAAAACAGGAUCUGGAUCAACUACUGCCGUGAUAUCUUCGUCACCCUCAUUGAAUGUCCCAAUUACAUCAUCGUCGACAAUUACGUCAUCUGUUAGCUCACCAUCAACAACAACAACAACAACAACAGCAACAACCAUAACACCAUCCGCUUCUCGUGGCAUAAAAUCGAAUGCAUCAAACACAACAGGUGUCGUACACGAUUUAUCAUUAAAAACUGAAAAGAAGGGCGAUGUGGUCAUUAUUGAUUGA